CUGUGAAAGACGACCCACCUACAUCGUCAGCCUACCCAGCAACCUAACCACAUAGAUAUGAUCGGCAUCCGUGAUGAAUCAUUCAUGUUGUAGGAUAUAUCUAAGCACUCUCAGAAUUAGAAGGCGUUAUGAGCAUGAUUAUUAUAAUACGUGGCUGCGGCCAACAUCAUACUGAUUAAUAAUGAGGC